AUUAGGACUUUAGAGUCCUAAGCAUUAGACUAUUUAGUAUUCUGGUUAGACGGUUUAAUUAGUAUCCUAGUUGGUAUAGGUUCUUAGUACUAGUAGACGUGGAAUUAUAUGUAGUAUAAAUACAUGGCUAUAUUUGAUGAAAUAAAGAUCAAGAAAACAGAUUGAUUAAAUCUGACAUGGUAUCAGAGCAAGGGUAAACAUAAGCACAUAAAUUAUUAUUUUUCAUUCUUUUUCCGCAUUAAAGAAACAAGAAAAGUCCAGUCUGCCAUGGGUAAAGAAGAUGAAGAAACACCUACGGAGACUACAUCGAUUGAAAAGGCCUUCUACCUUGGCUCAAGUGAUGGUCCAGGCAAUAUCAUCACUCCCGUCAAGCUAAAAGGCAACGAGAACUACGACGAAUGGGCACGACUUGUGAAACGGGCUCUCAUGUCCAAACGGAAAUUUGGGUUCAUCGACGGAAGAAUCGUGGAACCUCCUGAAACAGAACCUGAAAAACUGGAAGAUUGGAUAGCAGUCAGUUCUAUGUUGGUGUCAUGGAUUACCAACACCUUAGACCCGACUAUUCGAUCUACGGUGGAAGACUAUGAUGACGCGAAGGCUCUUUGGGAUCAUCUCAAAAGCAGGUAUUGUGUUGUUAACGGAACUCGAAUUUGUCAAAUAAAAUCAGCCCUGGGAUCAUGUACACAACACCCCUCGGAAUCGAUCUCAGAAUACUUUGGACGAGUGUCAAAAAUCUGGAAAGCAUUGGCAGCGUAAGCCCGUGUUCCGAAAUGUAAGUGUGGAUCGUGCAAGUGUGGGAUUGCAGAGCAAGUAGCUGCAUUGCGUGAGGAGGAUAAUCUACAUCGAUUCUUGAUUGGUCUAGACCCGUAUUAUGCUCCGAUUAGGGCCCAAUUAUUAGCCCAAGAUCCUUUACCUUCGGUCGAUAGCGCUUAUCAAAGCGUUACCCAAACUGAACAAUUACGUUUGAAAGAGGCACCCUCAGAUGAACCAAAUUCGGCGAUGGCCUUCAAGGUACAAGGAGACUCACGUGGAAAAUCGAAAUAUAUUGACAACUCUGACUUGUUUUGCACAAAUUGCAAUAUCAAGGGACAUGAUAAUAAAGGGUGCUUCCAAUUGAUCGGAUACCCCGAAUGGUGGGGCGAUAGACCGCGCAUGCCUGUCAAGGGCGGUGGCCGUGGCUCAUCUACCUCUCGAGGCAGCAGGCAGGACUAUAGACGAGGUGAUGCAGGACGAGGAAAAAGCACAGGCAGUAGCACCAACAAUAGUGACAGUAGCAAUGUCAGGGCAAACAAAGUUGACUCGAAUUCUCUGCACAUAGCUAACAACAAGCAACAAGGUCAACAGGGAUUGACAGCCGACGUCUCGAGUUUGGUCGGAGUAUCAACGUCACAAAUUCAGCAAAUUCUGGAAAUCUUGAACUCUAACAAGGAUAAUACUCAUGGAUGCGAAGACGAGGAUGGUGAUUGGCCUAGGUGAACGUCGAGAUGGAUUAUAUUUUUUUCGUGGAGUGUCGAAUGUGAAGAUUCUUGCAGUGGAUUCGUCGUACGAUCUAUGGCAUCAACGGAUGGGACACCCUUCGGAAAAGAUAUUAAAAAUGAUUCCGUCUGUGAGUCGUUCUAGCACUAAUAAAAAGGCUUGUGAUGUAUGUCUGCGUGCAAAACAACCUAGAAAUAGUUUCCCUAUUAGUGAAAAUAAAGCCAGUAGAAUAUUUGAACUUGUGCACAUAGAUUUAUGGGGGCGUUACAAAACUCGUUCAUCUUGUGGUGCACAUUAUUUUUUAACCAUAGUAGACGAUUUUUC